GUCACUUUAAGAACAUCCCUCUUGGUUUGACUUGCACACUUCCCCCGCUGUCUAGGAAUCAUGGCGGAAUGUAAAAAAUCUACCUCAUGUCCGUCUCCAGCUUCAGAAAUGACCUCUCUCGCUAGAGCUUUGUCCCAGUCAAGGUUGAGUCAACCUGAUCAGUCUGAUGUGUUCAAAUCGCAUACUUCUGUUUACCGGAGCAGUGUUGCACAGCCAGGCCGACGGAGGAGGUUAUCGAGCAGCAACAGUGUUGAGUCUCUGGAUGUGAGCCUCUGUGCAGAAGCGCGAGUCUUGGUCAUCAACACCGGAGGAACUAUCGGGAUGAUGUACCAUAAUAACGUGCUAUCCCCAGAGCCUAAUGCGUUUGUGAAGGCCCUGCGAAAGCUUCCCAUCCUCCAUGAUGAGCAGUAUGCCCUGCAGACCCGUAUGUACGACUACUACAGCACCAGUGGCCCACCGGAGAACACCCUUGUCCUGCCGCUGUGUAAACAAAAUAAGAGGAUAGUGUACACUGUUUUAGAGUACAGCCCCUUGCUGGACUCUUGCAAUAUGACCACAGAUGACUGGGCUACAAUUGGGAAGGACAUUGAGAAACACUAUGAGAAGUAUGACGGUUUUGUCAUUCUCCACGGCACGGACACCAUGGCCUACACAGCAUCUGCUCUGUCCUUCAUGUGURAGCAUCUGGGGAAGCCUGUCAUCCUCACCGGCUCCCAGGUGCCGAUCUAUGAGAUGAGGAAUGAUGGAGAGACAACCUUAAAGCAUGAAGGUGUGAGUGUCGCAGUACAGGACCUGAAACUGCAGAUGAGACUUCAGAGUUGUCAAAGCAUGUUUAUCUUUAAGAGAGUUUGUCUGUAUUUCCACAACAAGCUGUACCGGGGCAAUCGUGUGACCAAGGUGGAUUCUGGGAGUUUCAAUGCCUUCAAUUCUCCUAACCUGGCUCCUCUGGCCAAUGCUGAAGUGGAUAUUAAAAUUAACUGGGACACGGUGUGGAGAGCAAACACAACCUUGCGGUUCAGAGUGAGCACUCAGAUGAACCGUAACGUGGGUCUGCUGAGACUCUUCCCAGGCAUCACUGCUGUGACUGUGAAGUCCUUCUUACAGGCGCCCAUGGAGGGCAUUGUCCUGGAGACAUAUGGUAGUGGAAACGCCCCUGACAACCGUGCUGACCUGCUUGAGGAGUUCCGUAAUGCCACAGAGAGGGGCGUGAUCAUGGUCAACUGCACCCAGUGUCUGAGGGGUUCUGUCACCACAUCGUACGCCACCGGAAAGGCCUUGAGUGACGCAGGACUGGUGGCAGGCUGUGACAUGACUCCUGAGGCUGCCCUGUGCAAGCUGUCCUACGUGCUGGCCAGGACGGACCUCAGCAUAGAGGCCAAAAAAAAGAUGCUGAGUCAGAAUCUGCGGGGAGAGAUGAUCGCUGACCUGCAGGGGGCCAAGCUCACUCUGAGCGACAGUCGCUUCAUCCAGGUCAUCGCCAAGUCCCUGAGCAUCAGCUGUAAGGAGGAGCUAGAAGCUGUCCGGGAUGCUCUGACCCCCACCUUAGCUUGUGCCGCUUCUAUGUUGGGAGACGUGGAGGCCUUGGAUGCCAUAAAGGAGAUGGGCAGUAACCUAAGUCUGGGGGAUUAUGAUGGACGUACCCCUCUGCACAUCGCUUCCUGUGAGGGCCACCUMAAAGUGGUGCAGUAUCUACUGAGCCAGGGCGCCACUGUCUACGCCAAAGAUCGCUAUGGGGACACACCCCUGCGCAAUGCUGUGCGCUUCAGACACAAAGAGGUGGUGAAGCUGCUGAGAAAGACUGGAGCUCAUUUCUCCAGGGAUGAGUUGGAGGAUGCCGGCUCAGAGCUGUGCAGUCUGGCAGCCAGUGCUGACAUUGAGGGCCUGGAGAUGUGGCACUUGGCCGGGGGAGACCUGGACACACCAGGCUACGACGGGCAGACGCCGAUGGAGGUGGCUAAGGCUGUGGGGAAUGAAGUUGUGAUUGACUUCUUACACCAGGUCAGCCAGUACCACGCCCAGCCUCUGUUUAAAGAUAAUGCUGAGAAUGGAGAAUACAUUGAGUUCUCAGCCUGUCCAAAAGAAUCCUGAAGACCAAGAUCCUCACCUCUUACCUCUCCAUCCAUCCCCAUCACUCUCCCUCUCCAUUUCACUCUCUUACACUGGACAUUUGCACAAGCUUGCAGAUUAACAGUUUUUAUUUAGAUUCAUCCAAACCAUUUACAAUUGAUAUAUUUGCGAUAAUCUCAUAUACAGUUGGUAAACUGUAGUUGUAAAAGCACUAGUAGCACAACAUUGGAUAUCAAGUAAUAUGGAUGCACUGUGCCUAGAACAAGCAGCACUAUAUCUGUUUGUUUUGUAUGUACCACAGUAUAUGAUGCAUGUGGAGCAAUUCACUCUAAUAUGAAUUAUCAGAGAUCAUUGGAAGCACAGGGUAGAAUGUUGUUCUUUAUACUAGGCAUUUGAUUGGUAGAAUGCUGUACCUUUUAUGAAACACUUAGAGACAUUUAUUCUAAACGGAAAUCAUUGUGUGAAUAACUGUUUGCCUAUAUGUUUAUAGUCUCACUUAGACUGCAUGAAUGAUACAUUUCUUCCACCUCCUGAAAGUACAGGUAUCUGAGGUGUUUCCUGUUUAUAAAACAGGACAAUCAUCCCUCUGUUCUGCUUCCACACAGCUCCUAGCAUCCAAACCCAGGGUCCUCUAUAGUUGAUAAAAGCAUCUGCUAAAUUACAUUUUGAUCUAAAGCAACUUGCAGAGACAAACGGUUACUCCAAUCAAUGUGAAAUUCCAACCCACAUUGUCUUCUAUAGUUGGGGUUGUGUACUACAUCUUCUGCCUUUGUCUCAUCCUGCUUACUUGUUUCCUUACUCUAACAGCCCGGGCAGAGAGACCAAUGUCAUAUAGCUGGUCAUCACUUCAGCUGUUAUCCAAUAACUGUUACUCAGUGCUAUGCUCCUCUACUCUCUAUGUUCAUGGUCAAUUAACUAUUUGAUUCAAUUAAAUGUCAACAUUCAUUAGUAUGUGUCAAUCCAUGUCAUGGUUUUUGUCAUGCAUAUUUGUACUGUUGUGUAAAUAGUAGAAAAUGUAUCAUAACUUUAUACUCGACUGUGAUUAAAUGUAUACAUCUAUGCUGUAUCUGAAGCACA